CACCCACCCUCUGCAGCACAGUCAUUGUGUUCAUCGGUCAGCCCAUUGUCUGUGAUGGAGCGUGGUGGACAGUGUCGCCAAUCUCUGUCCAAACCAUGAUCCAACACUACUAUUGUGACCAGUCUUUUUUCCUGCUUAACUUGACAAGAUGCUGGUCCCGUGUGAUGAGAAGAGAAGUUGGUGUCUGUUCUGCCUGGCACAGGGCUCUAAAGAGGACACAGAUUAUCGAUCUGUGACAUGAGUACAGUCGCUGUGGUGAUGAAGCCUUGAUGAAACGACACAUGCACAAGCUACGUAACUGCCAUUACCUCUCUGCUUGCAGGAGUUUCACACUGUGGGAGCCCCUGCUUCUGUCUCCAGUUUGACCCAGGACACUUUUGGCAUCUACAUCCACUUUCAUCUCUGAAACCAACUUCAACAAAUGAAGCAAAGUACCUGAAAUACUGGAAGUUUUCCUCAUAGCAGUUUUUUUUCUUUUUUUUCUUUUUUGCUCAAGGCAGAGAUCACUUUCUUUGCAGAAUGAAACAACGAAACCAAACAACUGUGGGAUCUUUCACGCUGACUUCUCUGAGGUUUUCAGAUGGGAUGCAGAUGGAUGGACAGCAAUACAAGACACUCAUCUAGCACAAGUGUCGUCUUUGAUUUUGGCUGUCUGAGCUGUGCCAUACCUGACAUGGAGACCUUUUACUACCCCAUACGUCGGUCCUCAAGCCUCUACCUGGACCCUAGGCUUAUACAGCGACGUAUCCUGGAAGAUCAAGUGGAAUUAUGGUGGUCCAGAGACCCACAACGCUCCUUGUUGUGCUACUGUGCCUCUGUUGCCCUCAUACUCGGACUGGGCCUUGGUGGUGUGGGGCUCCUCUCCACCACCACAAGCCUAUCUGGGGAAUGGCGCCUAGGGGUGGGCACCACCCUCUGCCUCUUGGCACUUGCUGUCCUGCUCAAGCAGCUUCUCAGCUCUGCCAUCCAGGACAUGAACUGCGUGCGCAGCAGGCGUCGGAUCGACCAGCUGAAAAGUGGUGGGAGGGCCGACCCCGCGCUGAUUUUAGCUGUAGGGCUGGCAGUCAUGCUGUGUGGGACGGUGCUAAUCUUUGUGGCCACCAUCGGCAGCCAAGGUCACGACAGCAGGGAAAUGUUGGUUUCUGGUCUGGUGUUGAUGGCUGCAGGGACAGGCAUGUCUCUAGCUGUAGCGGGCUAUAGUGUGCUGGCAUACAUCAAAAGAAGAAGGGAGCAGAGGAGGAGGAUGAGAAUGAGGAGAAUGAGGAGGACAGGGAAUCAAGCUGUCUGUGUGUUCAGUGUUUCUGGAGGACAAAUGAGUCAAGCCAGGAGAGAGACCUCGUCGAGCAGGACCAGCCUGAUCUGAAAGGACUUAAAAUAUCUGAGACUGGAUGAAGUGGUUUAAAGCUAAAGGAACUAAUAGUAGAACCGAGGAGGUUGUGUCAAUAUCCAAAUCAAGUCUUCACAGAUUUUCUUUCCACUCUCUUUAUUGUUUUCCAUUACCAUAAAAACUGACUGCUGAGCUCUAAACACCAUCACUGCAGUACAGUCACAUCAUUUCUACAAGAACAAUAGGCUGCUGUCAACAAUGGCUCUGUAAUUUGAUAAGCGAAUAUUUCCCUCCUUUGUACUGUCUGAAGGCUCAUUUAUGCUGUGUCUGACUGAUUAUAGUUGUAAAUAAAGAGCAGAUGUCACAUCAGAUCAAAACAUCGCUGU